UAAACCCUUUCAUUGUAAUCUUCAGCUCACAACUCUUUAGCCCUCUCCUUUUUCUUGUCGAUUUCUGAAGAGAUCAAAGAGCAGUUGUAUUGGGGUGAAAGGUUCAUGGAGAAUGAGGAUGAAGUGAGAAAGGAUCGUGUGGUCGAAGCACGGGCCAGAAAUAUAAGCCACAAUGUGCGGUGCACUGAAUGUGGUAGUCAAUCUAUUGAAGACUCGCAAGCUGACAUUGCCAUUCUCCUCCGCAAGUUAAUACGAGAUGAAAUUCGGUCUGGUAAAAACGACAAAGAGAUCUACAAGAAGCUGGAGGAAGAUUUUGGUGAGACGGUGCUUUAUACACCAAAAUUUGAUAUACAAACAGCAGCUAUAUGGCUGGCACUGCUGACACUUACUGGUGGCGCUGUGGCGAUAUGGGCGUUCAAUAGGUACAGGCGAAAGAAUAAUGUGCACAUUAUGGCGUUAGACCUUGUCCGAGGAGUCCCAUUAACACUGAAGGAGAGGGAGACCAUGUUUGAGCUUCUCACUCCACCUUCUACCAGAUGGUGGGGAAAAUGGCUUCCUCGAUGACUUGAGAGUGUCGACUUUGGAUUCUGUUGCAAACUAGAUGAUAGAAAGAGCAACAAUCCCUUUGGUUUCUCUGUUUGAGCAAAGCCUUACUUUGUUGAUGUACUUUUAUUAAUCAUAUUUGAGUCUUAUUGGCUACAAAUGGUAAAA